UCCAAAUUUUACGAGGCUGCUCAGUACAGGACCGGAAGACCGUCAUCAGUCAGGAUGAUGCCCAAGCAACAGUUGUUCAGGACAUCUCCAGGGAGUGUGUUGUCGCUGAGGGGAGGCCCCGUCCUCGGAUCCCCUGCUGCAGCGAUUGUGGCCCGUAUUGAAGAUGGGGUGAUAGGUUAUAAGGACUUGGCUGCGUUGCCGACAGACAAAGCCAUCCUGGACAUCGAGAGGCCGGACCUGAUGAUCUACCAGCCGCACUACAGCUACAGUCCUCUGGAGAGAUCCCUGUCCCCAUCCAUCUCCCCUCCUCCCUCACCAGAGAAUGUUCUCUUGAAGGAGUCAAGGAAGUGGCUGGAGAACAGGUCACCAGGAGGCUCCUCACCCAGCUCCACCAUCAGAAUCUCCACACACACAGCCAGCGCACCACACACACCCUCUGCUGGGACCAAGAGCGCCGUGCAGCACUUCCACAGGCCUGAUAAUGGUGCCAACAUCUAUAAGAAACCCCCAAUCUACAGACAAGAGGUGCUGACCUCUGUGGUCCCUCAGGGGAAACACAUUGAGGAUUUGAUCAUCGAGUCAUCCAAGUUUCCCGCUGCUCAGCCCCCCGACCCCAACCUGCCCUCCAAGAUAGAGACCGACUAUUGGCCCUGCCCCCCCUCGCUGGCUGUGGUUGAGACUGAGUGGAGGAAGAGAGUUGUUUUAGAGCGGAAAAAGGGGGAGAAUGAAGAGGAGGAAGAUGCUGAGUUUGGUGACGACCUCAGACAGCUUCAGCAACAAGAACUCAACAAGAUCCAGUCCAACCUGGGAAAGAUCAUCCUGAAGGAGGAGUUGGAGAAAACUGCUCCUCUAAGGAGGAAAACACGCUCCCUACCAGACACGCCUCAUGGUCCCAGCGCCUCCAAGUCUGUUUAUUUCCCAGCAUGCUCCAGGACGGGCCUGAGUCGGCUCCAGUCUGCAGAGUUCAGCUCUUCUGAUAAAGGAACCACAGGGCUUCAGAACGGCGAGUCGGAGCGCAACCGGAUCGACAGAGGCUGCUCCCUGCCCAGUGUGCUGGAACAGAAGAUCUACGCCUAUGAGAUGCUAGUGGUAACUCACACAGGAAGGAGUAAACUGCCCCCAGGGGUGGACCGGACCAGACUGGAGAGACAUCUCUCUCCUGAGGACUUCUUCGGGUUGUUUGGUAUGUCCAUCGAUGAGUUCGACUGCCUCUCUCUGUGGAAGAGGAACGACCUGAAGAAGAGGGUGUCACUCUUCUGACCCGAUGGACUAUAUCUGCCACAAUCCCCAGCUCUGCCCAGAUCAUCACAGGGGCAGAGCCUGAGCCAUGAACUGCCAAUCAGGCACAGAGACGUCACAAGGGGACAAACGAAUGGCAUCAUUAUCGAUAUAAUUAUUUCUAAUAAUCAUGUCAGAGGCUUACAGAUGUCAAUCCUAUCAAUAACAACCAAUAGUAAAAUGAGCUUAACUCUGAAUAUUAUGAUGGACGUUUCCAGACGUCACUUCUCUAUCACAGGCUUUAACUCUCCUAUAUUACCCAUUUGCUAGGCAGCGUUUCACUGUAAGCGCACAGAAACUUCAGCCCAAGACGGCCUCCAGUUAUCUCCUCCAACUGGUACCAUUAACACACAGCAAGACUCAAGUUUGCCGGGUGGUCUUUAUGUAUUAUGCUGAUGAUACAGG